GUCGCCGACGCCGCUGUGCCGCACACGCAACUCACACGAUACGGAGAACAGUGCCGUUCAAGAUAGUGUCGAAGGGAAGAGAUCGUUCAGGAUACGUGCGUGGCCACGUGCGUGCGUGCAUGGAAGAGAGAAACGAGAGGAGGAGCUCGUGGUACGAAGGAGAAGCAAGCGGAGCAUCAAGGUGGCUCCGCUAACGGCACGUGCGGCGGUGAAAAAAUGUCGAGCGCCGCGGACAGUCCUGAUGGGAUGGCUUUGCAGUCGCACUAUUCCUUACGAUGGAACAAUCAUCAGACACACAUACUACAGGCUUUCGAGGCGUUGUUACACGCGGAGAUACUCGUCGACGUGACCCUGGUCUGCGCCGAAACCAGCCUCAGGGCGCACAAGGUCGUCCUUAGUGCCUGCAGUCCCUUUUUCGAGAGGAUAUUUGCGGAGCAUCCCUGCAAACAUCCGGUGAUCGUGCUGAAGGACUUUCCGGGCCACGAGGUAGCGGCGUUGAUCGACUUCAUGUACCGUGGCGAGGUGAGGGUCGGUCGCGAAGAGCUUCCAGGACUGAUGAGAGCAGCGGAGAGUUUGCAAGUGCGUGGAUUAGCGUCGUCGGAGCCGAGGCCGGCGUCCCCGCCGGAUACACCGACUGCGGACCUACUCCUUGGGGCGCCGUCGACGCCCGAAGGUGCCCGGCAAGGCACCCCCGAAGAGGACGACAAUGCGUCGGAGAGUACGGCGCCGCCGUCCACGCGGGAACCAUCGUCGGUGACGACGACCACUAUAUUUCACCCUGCGAGGGACCAUCGCGACAGGUUACCGCACAUGGGUCAUUUGCACUUCGGUAUGCGUGAACUGCGGGAGACCUGCGGAUCGCCGUUGUUACCUCGACGGAAACAGGCUCGACCCCGAAGAAGAUCCGGCGAGUUAGUGCCGCAGGACCUUAGCCGACCCCACGCGCCACCGAGCCUGAGCCCACCGGCUAAUGGGCUGAAUUUGAGCAGUGGUCAACAACAGUCGCAACAGCAACAACAACAACAGCAACAUCAGCAACAAUCCUCGACGAGCCAACAGCACCAAGAGGACAUGGCGGAGAAUCUCUCGAUGAAGAGGACGCACCCGUACCAACAACAGCAACAACAACAACAGCAACAGCAGCAGGACUCUCCGUUAGCGCCACGACGUACAUCCGUCACGGCGAUGUUCCCAUUGGACGGAGUUGCGUCCCUAGGCGGUGGACUGUUCCCUCACGCGGGCGCCCUUGAUAGGGGAUCUCUUCUAGCGGACCUGCACGAUAGCUUUAAGCCGGAAACGUUGCACGGCCUGUUCGGCGCGGCGGGUCUCGGAGGACAUCACCCGGGGAAAAAGCCAAAGAAACACAGAGGCGACGGUGACGCACCGCGCAGGUGGGGCGACCAUGGGAGCCGAGGUUUGCCCGUUGGAAGACCAAAGGGUCAACACAGUGCGCCCAGAGGAGGACCACCUAGGUCGUGGACGAACGCGGAGCUAACUGAGGCGCUUCAACACGUGUGGAACAAGAAGAUGACGACGUCGCAGGCAAGUAGGAUCUUCGGCAUCCCGUACAACAGUCUGCUGAUGUACGUGCGAGGGAAAUACGGGAAAAGUUUGAAGCUCGAGCAACUGAGGAGGGACUGUACGGGUGCGACCACCGGGGAAGUGGUAAUGAACUCGCUGAACAAUAACGUCAAGGCUGUCCAACCGCCUACGCAAAUGACCCAUCCUCUCGCCGGCCUACCGCCGCAUCCAGGCGAUGACGGGGGAUUCCCUCAUCAUUCGUUGUUGGCCGGGAAUCUGCCGCAGGGUUUCUUUCCCGAUUUCGCCGCUGCUGCGUUCCCAGUGCCCGUUAGUAUGGUGCAUCUGCUACCACCCAGUGAACAGAAACCCUUCGAGUCGCCCGCGAAUCCUGGUGGCGGUGCUGGCAGUGGUGACCUGUCCACGACGCGGAGUCGUUCGCCCUCGCCCGUCGAUCAUCAUCAUCAUCAUCACGAGUCGCUGCAGCCGCAACCGCCCCAGUCGGCGCCCGCGCUACUUCAGCAAAACGGCUCGGAUUAAAUGAGACGUCGUAGGUGCUCGUCAUCCUCGUUGAAGGACCACAGACGCGUGGGCGUCCGACUCGACUAAAACGCUC